AUGUCUGAAUCAUAUGCUGUGUUCAGUAACAAUUGUGUGUCACGAAGAAGACACAUCCGCUGCUUCUGUGACCUUGAUUCGCCGCUCACUACCUCGUGGACGAAGGAGAAUCCUGGGUGGAGGUUUAAUGGCUGUGGGUUAUACAAGGGACGAAAGGGAUGUAACUUCUUGAACUGGUACCAUGAAGAAAUGCCGAUUCGUGCAAAGGAAGUGAUAUUGUCACUAAGGAAGAGAAUUUGUGAAGAUAAGAAGAAGGACAAUUUGAAGAUGAAACAAGAUGAGGAUUUGAAAAAGAAGCUAAAGUUAUGCCAAAGAGUAGUUGUUUUAGUUGUAGUGGUCAUUAUGGGAUUGAUAUCUACUGUCAUGUUGAAAAAGUGGUGA